GUGGUAUAAAGACGGUCCCUUGAUAGAUUCACAAGUACACCAACCAACCCACCACAGAUUCACUUGUCAGUUGAGCAGCGGUGGGAGAGAAAGCUUUGGCAGCGUGCACUAGUUUGGUCUCUCAGAAUUUCGGCACAAAUUUUGUCUACAGACAUGGGUUUGAAAUCGGUUGCGUUCGUGUUGCUUGUGGUUGUAGCAGCAAGCUAUGCCAAGUCGUUGGCUAAUAUCAAGCCCUGUUGCUACCCAGACAAGUAUGAGAUCUCUUCAGGUACUCAGGCUGGCUUGAGCAAGAACGGCAGAGGCACUGGUUACAGUAUCCAGUCCGUGUCUGCUGUUGACGCUACCGCCAUGAAGAUCGGCGAGAAGGGAACUUUCUUCGCAGAGGACGGUAUGGCUUAUGAAUUCCGGAACAUUAAAGAUUACGCAAAGGAGGAAGAAUACAGGAUUGAUCCAAAGAGGGAAACCUGUGAAGUUGUCGAACUGAAGGAUGAAAUGCCUCGAUGCGUACCUGACAACGCCACCUAUUCUGACUCGUCCUACCUUGGCAACGACAGCUUGACUGUCGACUCGUACAUCUAUUUUUACCACUAUCCUGGUGUUGUGGUUGGUCAGCAGUCUGUCGGCGUGGCGAAGGAAGGUUGUAUUCCAACCAGUUACACCUUCUCUGGAUCUCUGGGCAAAGGGAGACGCAGAACUGAUAUCCUGACCGUUACUGGCUUCUACAACUACGUAGAUGGCAUUUCUGAUGAAGCCUCGUUUUUCGAUGUGCCCGAGUAUUGCGAGGAAUCUGUUAACAAGAACGCCGAGCUAUGGGAGUUGCUCCGCUAUAAGCAGGUGCCGAUCCAUUUUUAAAUGCGGCAACAAAGCUUCAUCCAGACGACCUCUGCAUGGGAAUGACUGUUGAAGACUUUAGUAAAACAUCCUUAUUAUAAGCAAACAAAUACUUGUACCAGUUGUUGGGUUCUUAGAUGUGAAAACUACAAACUGAUUCUUCAAUUGGUUUGUAAUGAUUUUUCUUUUCUUGUCAAAUUCAAAUUUCCAAGCUUAAUACGAGUGGCAGUCCGAACAAUGGUCACGAGAGACCUCGUAUAUGCAAAUAAAACGUAAUGAAAAUUCAUUUAUUUCAUAUGAAUGGCAACCAUUCGCUACGAACAUUUAGAAUUUAGUUAAAUCGGAUAUGAUGAGACUACUGCAGCUGAUUGGAAACUUGACAAUGUGCCAUAAGCAAACUUCCAUUCAAAUUGUAAUGUUUUAAAUAAAGUAUUAACAUCAAUCUAUCUAUGAUUGAGUAAGAUGGUUAAACUUCGAUGCCUGUGAGAAAUAAAGAAGUUCACAGCAGACCCAAAAUGAGUAGGAAUUAUAAUUCCGACACCCAAACGGGGAUUAAGAGGACGACGUAGUCUAUACCAUAGGCCCAUAGAUCUUUUCAUAGAGCGUGUACUCCUUUUAAUAGUAAAAAAAAACAAGUGCUUGUAUACAAUUUAAUGCCGAACAUACGACAGAAAAUACAUGUACAAGAAAUGUUGACGGAUUUUCUUUUACUAGAGGAGUGACAUUUCCCCGACCCUCACCUGUUUGAGCUCCACCCCCAAAGAAUCAUAUUCGCUUUUAAGCAUUCAUCCUUCACCGAGGUGUAUAUUAGAGUUACAGAGAAGAAGCCAAGGAUUUUCAGUAGAGGUGUCACCAGCUAUGAAACAAGUUUCAGUAAACUUGCUUGAGUUGUUGACAUCAUCCAAAGGAGCUUUUCGCUACGAAUUCUUACGUGGUCUGAACAAGUUUAUGAUUAAAGUAAUUUGCAUUUUUUCAUAUAUAAUAAUUUUAAUACCCUUUUCUGUGUUUGAGCGGACAAUCAAUGGCCACACGUGAUGAUCGAUUUUCCUUUAGUAAUUAUUUGUAUCGACUUUACUUUUUCCUUUUCUUAAGAGUAGUGGGAAAUAAAAACUGUAGUAUAUAGCUCUGUA